AACAAAUAAUAAAAUGCAUAUUUCUUUGUUUUUCGGUUUUCGGAGGAAGUAUGUAACAAAAUAGUGUCUGAUUCGCCCAGCAAUAUAUUGCCAACAGCAUUCAAUCGAAUGAAGAGGAUGCAACAGAACCCGAAAUCAUGGUUCCCUGUGCUGAUGAGGCAGCAUCAGGAGGGGCUGCUGCCCCAGGAGCGGCAGCAUCAGGAGAGACUGCUGAAGAUUCUAUGCAGACUCCGGCAGAAGAACCAGAUCAAAGUAAAGAAAAAGAUCCGUCAUGGGAACACAAAACUGUGUUAUUUUUCCUUCAGGAAUGCAUUAAAAGAAAGACCGAUCUCAGAAACCCAAAGAUUCGCCUGGAGAAUCAAAAAGUGUUAAGAGAGGAGGCAGGGGUGUCCUUCUCUACAACUACACUCGACACCAAAUUAAAAAAUAUGAAGCUGCGGUACCACAAAAUAUUAGACAAUAAUAAGAAGACAUCAACCGGGCGUGGCCGUGGCCGAAGCAGAGGUUAGGGUGAAGGACGCCCGACCAUAAGUUCGAUGAAUGCCUCCUCUUACUCGUUUUCGGGGGCGAAUAAUUCAUCUUCGGAAAAUGUUUUGCCCUCCACAUCAUCUCGUUCGGGUGCACCUAACGCGGAGGCUCCACGCUGUAGAAAAAACGCUGCACUAAAGGAAAAAUUCUUAAACACUGAAGAAAAACGCCUCGAAAUUGCCCAAGAAAUCCUUAAGGAACUUAGGGAAUUAACUA